GGACAUGCCACACACUCCCCUCGAAGUGGAGAAGGCUUUCAGUAUCGUGCCAGUGUCAGGUGUGCUGCAGCCGGGAGAGAGCCAGCAGGUCUCCUUCACCUUCUUUGGCCACCUCAACACCAUCUGCAAUGUCACGGAGCUGUGCCACGUGGAGGGAGGCCUCACCUACGAGGUGGUGGUGACCAGAGAGGCCUCACGUGUCAGCUACUCCCUGAGCUCCCGGGAGAUCGACUGUGGCUCUCAGAUGUUUAAUGAAAUUCAUCACCACACAGUCACCCUGGCAAACAAAGGCAAGCCUGAAUUCAACUGGGUGCUAAAGCCUAGCACUGCCGACCAGCGUCUGCCUGGCGUGUUUCUGGUCAAGCCCACCACUGGCUCCAUUGCACGUGGCGAGAAGCAAGUGCUGAAAUUCUCUUACAUGCCGGGAUUACCAGGAGCCUUCAGCAGGACUUACCAGCUUAAAGUGGGUGACCUGGACCCAGAAAAUAUCUGCCUGAAAGGAGAAGCGUCCUUUCCCAUGAUCAGGGUGAACCUGCCCUGGAACAUCAAAGGAAAUGAAAAAGAUGAGAUCACUAAGAGUCAGACCUCGAAGACUCGGAAUCCAAAGACUCAGGGCCUGAAGCCCCACAUCCCUCGUUCUGGCAUUGUAUCAAACACUCAGCUGCAGAUAGAGAUGAUGAGGAUGCUGAUAGAGAAGCCUUCUCUGGAGCUGCAGAAAAAGCUCCCAUCCCAUCCCCUGAAGAGCAGGUUCCCUGAGAAGGAGAUGUGCCAGCGUCUUGUCAAAGUUAACCUGCUCGAGUAUGUCCUGGACAUGGGCCCUGUCCUUAAGGGUUACACUGAGACACACACUCUGAAGAUCACCAACCCUGGGCAGAUCUAUGUGUCCUUCCAGAUCAAUGUAUCUGUCCUGCGGGACACAGGUUUCAGUGUGGACCUGAAGCAGAUGGAGGACCUGCCCCCCAACCACACCGUGGUGUUUGAAGUGCGCUUUGAAAGUGCCCACCAGCCACAGGGUGACGUGGAUGUGCUGCUGCCCAUAAAGGUGACAAAAGGCCCCACGUAUAACAUCCACCUCCGUGCCACUGUGUCUGAAAUGUCGCUCGACCUCUCCAAGAAGAGACUGCACUUCUCUGACAUCCUUGUUGGGCAGUGCCAGGUCGAGACCAUCCGACUCUACAACUGGUUCCGAGUAGCCUGCAAAUGGUCCAUCGAGCGUGUUCCGAAGAACAAUCACCUCAAAUACAUGACACCAGCCGUACGUCAGAAGCGGCAGGCGCUGGAGGAUGAGCCCUGUCCCUUUGAAGUGACGCCCUCCAAAGGAACCCUUGGUGCAGGAAAGUGGCAGAACUUGCAAAUCCAGUUUACACCCAAGGCGGAGAGCUCUUACAGGAAUGAGCUGAAGCUUAACAUUUGUGGGAGCAGCAGUCACUUAAAGCUGCACCUCUCAGGAGAAGGUCUGGAGCCACGGUUGGAGUUCAGCCCCCCAGCACUAAAGAUGGGAUGGGUGCUGGUGGACAGUGAUGGGCUGGAGGCCACAGUGGUGGUGAAGAACCCAUGCAACUUCCCCAUUGAGUUUUACUCCCUGGAUUUUGAUGAGCAGUACCUUGAGGAGGAGAAGAUCCUGCGGAUGGCAGUGGGGUCCGAGUAUCAAAAGUGGUUUUUUAUGCCUCCACGUGCCGUGGGUGAGAUGCUGCCCCCAGAGGUGCUGGAGGACCAUGAAGCACAGAGGAGGCCGAAGGCUCAACAGGCAGAGCUGAAGGCCAUGGCAGAGGCCAAGGCCAGGGCUGAGGCUGAAGCCAAGGCCAUGGGCAAGGCAGCACCAGCACAUCACAGGACUCUCACAUUCUGUCCUGAGUCCAUGCUGAAAGUGACUGGCAGUCCUAUCUCUCGGGCUGUCAUGCGCCACCUGGGCAUUGACCCGUCUUCAGAGAGGCAUGAAGCGCAGCAGCACAGAGGGAUUGUUGUCAUCCUCCAUGGGCCACCCUGGACAGGAAAGACAGAGAUAGCAGCGGGCCUGUGUCAGUAUUAUGAUGCUGCUUACGUGUCCAUUGACACCGUGGUGAAAGAGGCCAUGGCCAACGAUGGGAGCCCAGCAGGGCUCUGUGCCCGGGAGCUCUGCACCAAGGCUGCCAUGGAGACAAAAGACAAAGACAAAGGUGAAAAGUCUCCGACCAAGAAUAAAGAAGCCUCUGGGGAAAAGAUCAACAAGAAGGAUGCCAAAGGCAAGACCCCUUCAGCACAAAAGAAGAAGGAGCCAGGCAGCAAACUCGACAAAAAGGACACCAAGUUCACAGUUUCCACUGCUCCUGCGCCACAGCAGCUGAACAUCAGCAGCAGUCAUGGGGAAGAGCUGAACUGCUUGAGCUGUGUGCUGCCCGAGGACCUGCUGGUGGACAUCCUCAGUGAGAGGCUGAAGUGUAAAGACUGCUACAAGGGAGUGGUCUUUGAUGGCUUGGAAAGCCUCUUUGCAAGCAGCCUGGAAUCUUCUCUUCUGUGUGUACUCAAAGCUGUCAAAAAUCGUCGUCACAUCUUCAUAUUGAACCUGCAUCAGGAUUAUGCUUCUUGGAAAGCCAGGGUUGAAGCUGAAAGAAAGAGGAAGGAAGCUGAAAGAGAGAAGAAAGCUAUUGAGAGGAAGAGAAAACUUUUAUUGCAAAUGACUGAGGAUGAGUAUGACGCCCUCCCUGAGGAGAAGAAAGCAAAAGUGGAUAAAAUAUUCCUGGAAUGGACGCGCAUACGGAGGAAGAGUGGUGAGCCCUCCUGGCUUAGAUGCUGCCUGCAGGGACCUGGGCUCUGGGCUUGCCUUGGCACUGCCUGUAGAAGUGUCUUUAAGUCCAUGAUGUCGAUUGGCACCUUCUUCAUCAUCUCCCUUCACCAAAACAGUGGGAUUGUGCAACCUCCAAAACCAGAGAAGGGGAAAACCAAAUCCCCAGAGAGGAAGGAAACCAAAUCCCCAGAGAGGAAGGAAACCAAAUCCCCAGAGAGGGAGGAAACCAAACCCCCAGAGAAGAAGGAAACCAAAAUCCCAGAGAAGUGGAAAUACAAAGCCCCGAGGAUGAGCAAAAUCAUAAUCCCAGAGAAGGGGGAACCAAAGGCCCCAAAGAAGGGGGAAACCAAAAUCCCAGAGGACCUAUCUGAGAUGGAGAAUUUGAUCCUGAGGUUUCAGAUCUAUGAGUCAUCACAGCAGAACGUUGCAGAGCUUUCCUCCUACUGGGACAGGGUUCAGGGUACCAUGCAGUUACCUGUGAUCCCAAAGGAAAACAAGUCCCAGUCUUCAUCUGUAAAGAAAGGUCAGAAGACCAAUAAGCCUCAGGAGAAGGUGAAGAAGCCUGAACAAAAAAGUGGAGACCAAAGGAGUCUUCAGUCAUCUCAGCUGGAGAUGCAAAGCGAAGUUGCAGAGGGGGCAGUCAGAGACGAGCAUGUCGGGGUGCCGUGCCUGGACAUCCAGGUCUCAGAUCCGAAGGCCACGAUCAGGGAGAUCCUGAGGGAUGGGACACUGCCAACGGAAGACGAGGUGCUGCAACAUGUGGGACUGCAUCCCGACAGGCCUCCCCUCCCCCCUGCUGCUGUGCUCUCCACAGUCGAGUACCCAGAGGAGCGGCUGGCCUCUGCAGAGCGCGUGGAGCCCUUCACCAUUGUGGCACCGGGAGGUGCUGCUGUGGAAGACAGUCUGGCCAAGGCCCCUGAUGUGAAGGGCAGUUCUGCCGAGGGCCAACCAAAGACAGGUAAAGCAGCCAGCAGAGACAGCUCUGCAAAGGAGAAGCAGAUCUCCACACGGAGAACAGAAAGUCCCCGGGAUUCCUCUGCAACAAGAUCCAAAAGUACACUGGAAAGUGCCUCAGUCCCCACAGAAUUCCUCAGGCUGAAACGGUACCGGUGGAUAGUGCCUGCCCACGGUGAGGUGGAACUGAAGGUCCAGUUCUCCGCCAAAAAGCCAGGGAAGUUUGAGCAGACACUGAGGUUUGAGCUCGUGCAGACAAAGCGCCAGUACGAGCUGCCCUGCCGUGGCACCGGCCUGUACCCCAGCAUCAGCCAGAACCCAUGGGUGGUGUUUCCACAGUGGAGGGAGACCAUGGAGGAAGAUGAAAUCAUCUUCAAGGAAUAUGUUGAGAGCACAAAGCAAUUCCACUUUGGGCCGCUGCUGUGUGGGAAAUCAAGAGACUGGUACAAGGCCCAGAACUGUCCCGGCAACUCGGAGAAUAUAACCAUCCUCAACAACUCCCCCAUGGACGUAGAGGUCCAGUUCUCCUUUGAGAAUGAUGGGAAAGCAGAGACGUUCCUUUUGGACCCUCCCAGCAUGGCACUGAAACCAAAGGAGAAGCAGGAGCUGACCAUUUGGGCAUACCCCACUUCCCCUGGCUUCCUGGAAGACAAACUCAUCUGCAGCAUUGGGAAGAACCCAGACCCAGUGGUCUUCAGCCUGUGCUGCCAUGGGGUGCACGUGAAGCUGGAGGUCAGCCCCCUGGAGCUGUCUUUUGGCAAGCUGCUUCUGCAUAGGACUGACAGCAGGACCUUGGUCCUGAGAAACGACAACCUGCUGCCCAUGGCCUGGCAGCUCAAUGGGCUGGAUGACCUUGCUGAGGACUUCUCCUUGUCCCAAGAUAAAGGCACCAUUGAUCCCCGCUCAGAGUUUGAAGUGACAGUGCAUUUCAAGGCCAGGCAGAUUGGCAGCAUUAAGAAGACCCUCCGACUAGAGGUUUCAGAUACAGAAAAUGUCCUGGGGAUUGUUCAGGCUGAAAACAUCAAAAUCUCUGCAAAGGUCUAUGAGGUUUCUCUGAGCAUUGACAUGCCCAAAGGUUCAGAUGGAAGCUUGGAAUUUGGAACCAUUAAUGUCCUGGAUAAUGUGAAGAAAGUCCUGAGGCUAAAGAACAAAGGGGUAUACAACAUUGAGUACAGUUUCACGCUGAAGGGUGCAGGUCGCGGGAUGCGAAACGUGGCAUCCUACUUCGCUGUUGAGCCUCAGUCAGGCAUGCUGACUGCCUCCCAGCCUGGUGUGAAUAUUGAGAUACUCUUCCACCCCACAAGUGAAAUCCUCCUCAAGAACAAGCCCAUCCUGUACUGCCAGGUGAUAGAUGCCAGCUCAGGUGAAGGAGGCCAGGUUGUCACCAACAUCCCAGUGAUGGUGUCAGCAAAAGCUGAGUACAGCAAGUACAGCAUUGAGCCUGCCUCACCCAUCAACUUCGGUGCCGUGAUCAAGGGCACCAAGGAGACCCAGACUGUCGUGCUGGAGAACAAAGGCAUGCUCGGCUUCAAAUUCCGCAUCCACCGAGCACCCAAGGAGGCAUCUGCAUUGGAAAGCAAAAGUUCAAAGCAAGGGGAAUCUGCUCCAUCGCCUACAAAGCACUCAGCAAAGAAAUCAAGCUCCUUGACACAGGGUCACCUCAAUCUUGGCAUGUUCACGGUGUCCCCCUGCUCCGGCUCCAUCCGUCCCCGGGGCCAGCAGAAGAUCACAGUGGAAUGCCUCGCAGAGCAGGAGGGGACAUGUGAGGAGCAGCUCUACAUUGACAUCCUGGGCAGAGACCCCAAGGACAAUCCCCUCGGCAUUCCCUUUACCUUGAUUGCCGAGUCCUGCGUCCCAGGACUCAUUGAGGAUGUCACGUUAAUCUUCAAGGAGUACCCGAUCUGCAGCAGCACCGACCUCAGACACAAGAUGCAGUCGGUGAAAGGCACGGGCCUGUUUGUCAGAGAUGAGAACAGAUUCAUCUUCAACAAUGUUCUGGUUGGGCAAGAGGCUGUAGCUCAUUUCAGUAUCUAUAGUGCGAGCAGUCUGCCAUGUGACGUGGUCCUCUCCAUCAAACCCCUGCCUGGAAAGGAACAAACCCCUAUCAAAAACAUUUUCAAUUUGGAUCCAGUCAAGAUGUCCGUUCCUGGCUCAUCCUAUGCCGUUGCUACGGUGACCUUCACCCCGCCAGAUGAGCAGAACUACAACUGCACAUUCACGGCUUCCCUUGUCAUCCCAAAAGGCUCUGUGAAAAUCAAACCCCAAACCCUGACCUUCACCAUCAGCGGGAGGGGGCACGAGCCGCAGCUGACAGUCGUGUGCCCGAGCGCUUGCAGCAAGAGGGGAAACGCCGUGCUGCGCUUCAAGAGGCUCCGGCUGGGGGAUUCAGAGACGCUGCCCCUGGUCAUCCGUAACAACGGCAGCAUACCUGUCAAGUUUAUGUUACACCUGGAGGAUAAGCAUGGAGCGUUCUUCUUGAAAGGCAGGGCCUCCACACUCAGGAUAUUCCACACUGAAGAUGUGGAAGAGGACUCCGUUGGAAACGAGAGCAAGCCCCCGAAGAAGCCUUUCUUCCUUCUGCAUUGCGGGCAAUCGACAGAGUUUGAUGUCAUUUUCAAACCCACGCGGGCUCGACGUCUGGAAGGGGAGAUUUGUCUCUUCAUGGGGGACAUCUGCUCUAACAAAACCCUAGUAGAGCUGGUGGGUGAAGGCCACAAGGAUGGAUUCACCCUCGAUGGCCUAGAGGAAGACACAACGGAGGGGAAUGCUGAGAGCAGUCUGAAGAAAGACAUCAUUGAUGCUGUCAGAAUGAAUCACCUCCAGUUUGGGGACUGUCUUGUCGGGAAGCGCUGCAGCAGGACCUUCACCAUCACCAACCACACCCGUAGGAAGGUCAUGCGCUUUGAGUGGGAGGCAGACGCCCCAUUCCAGUUCUCCCCCAAGGUGGGACACCUCCAUCCUGGCUGUGCCAAGGACAUCACAGUGACUUUGAAAUCAGAUGUCCCAGCCACCUUCAGGAGGCACCUUGUGAAAUGUAAGGUGACCAAGAUCGACUUUGAGCUGCCACAAAGGGAGGUUCCUGACUGGGAUGACCGAAUGUGCACUGUCUCAUGGAAGAGUACCACCAGGAAAGACUCGGGAGACAAAUUCCCUAAAAUAGAGAAGGUGGUCGAGAUAGACCCAGAACCGGCUCACACUGUGGUGGAGGAGAGCAGCCAGGAGGCCGAGGUGUACCUCAGUGCCGUUGCUGCCCACAAGCAGUUGAAGAGGAAGACGAUGGUGGUUCAGUUCAAGGAUACCCAGCCCUCCCAGACAAGGACAACCACUUUCAAAAUUCACAACGCAGGGAAGGAAGCCCUGGAGUACUCCUGGGAUUAUGCCGCAGAUAGAGAACCAGUGAACAAGCCAUUCUCAUUCACUCUGAUGCGUCGGUUCCUCUCCGAUGAAACUGUAAAGCAUCGCAGAAAGCUGCUGCUUAGUUACUGGUGGGACCUGGAACAUCCUCCUAAGAUAGUUCCUAAAGUGCGGCAGCGGCGGCCUGACAGGAGGCUGCGGUUAGCCAGAUUGCGGCAGGAGCGGCGAGACCGGCAGUGGCGCUGGGACUGGAUGUGGCAGUGGCAGCGGCAGAAUAAGGAGAUGCAGGAACUGAGGCUGCAGCUGCUGCAGGAAUUGGAGCAGCAGCAGCGGGAUUCCGAGCAGCAGCAGCAGCAGCAGCGGGAUUCCGAGCAGCAGCAGCAGCGGGAUUCCGAGCAGCAGCAGCAGCAGCAGCAGGAUUCCGAGCAGCAGCAGCAGCAGCAGGAUUCCGAGCAGCAGCAGCAGCAGGAUUCCGAGCAGCAGCAGCAGCAGCAGCAGGAUUCCGAGCAGCAGCAGCAGGAUUCCGAGCAGCAGCAGCAGGAUUCCGAGCAGCAGCAGCAGCCCAAGCAGCCAGAUCCUUCCAAGAAGAAACACCGCUCAAAGCAAAAGCAUGUCUCUCUGCAGCCUGUCAGUUCCUCCCUGGAAAUCUUCCCAGAUUUCACCCAUGACGUGCCACUGUUCUCCAUCAACCCCUCCUGUGGCGUCCUUGCUCCUGGCCAGAAGCAGACCUUUCAUGCGCAGUUCUCCCCAAAGUGUGUGGGGAAGUUUAAGGCCACCGUGCUGUGCAGGAUUCCUAACCUGAAGCCAACUCAGAAGAGGGUGCGGGUGAUUUUGAAAGGCACAGCCCGGGAGGAGAAGAGUCUUGGUAAACCUGAAGAGUCUGUGUUACAGCAGACAGAGCAAGGCCAGACACCCAAGAAGCAGGUGCACGGGAAACUACCACCUGAGUGACAGCAUCUGUGUCAGCUGGAGCAUCCGGCAGGAGCUGGCAACAUCAUCUCUUCUGCUGCUGAUGGUCUCCCACCCUUCACCGGAGACCUCUGCAGCUACCCUUCCAAGCUCCAGUGAAGACCUCUCACUUAUCUUUUAGUUACCUAAGUUAAUUAACUAAUUGUUAGUUGUUAAUCAAUUGUUCGUUAAUUGUUAAUUAAACAAUUGGCAAUAAAUCGUUAAUUGUCA